AGUGCGGCAGCCGCGGCCAGCCCUGGCCGUCCUCCGCACUGGGGACUGACCGUGUCGACCGCCGUUGCGGAGCGCGCAGACCGAGCGCCUGGGGAAGGCGGAGAUGGAGACGUGACUGCCAUGAACCAGGACCUGCUGAGUUUUCUGCUGCCUUCGGAAUCCAGCUUAUACUUAUUUUGACAAAGGCAAGCUUGAAAGCAGUUACUUGAGGACAGUUUGGAUAACAUCUAGGUAAUCAAAACAGGCACAAUGAAGCACUUCCUGAGAAUGUUGAUCCAGGUGUGCCUGUAUUUUUACUGUAAGUUUUUAUGGCGCUGCCUGAAGUUUGUAAUGAGGAAGCUGACCGGAAGAUGUGAACUGCAACGGAUCUGUUACAAUACCAAGCCUGGAGCUUCUAGAACCAUGAAGAUCGAAACAUCAUUGAGGGGUUCAAAAAGUAAGCUGUUGCAGACUUCAGUGACUGUUCACCUUGAUGCUAUUGAAAAAACUAUAGAAGACAUCAUGGAACUGAAAAAAAUCAACCCCGACAUAAAUCCACAGUUGGGAAUCUCUCUUCAGGCUUGCCUUCUGCAGAUCGUUGGGUACAGAAAUCUUAUUGCAGAUGUGGAGAAACUGCGCAGAGAACCCUAUGAUUCUGAUAACUCCCAACACGAGGAAAUGCUUCUGAAGUUAUGGAAAUUUUUGAAGCCUAACACUCCGCUGGCAUCUCGGAUUUCUAAGCAAUGGUGUGAAAUUGGUUUCCAAGGUGAUGAUCCUAAAACAGAUUUUCGAGGAAUGGGACUCCUGGGACUGUACAAUUUGCAGUAUUUUGCAGAAAGAGAUGCUACAGCAGCUCAGCAGGUCCUCUCUGACUCUCUUCAUCCAAAAUGCAGCAAAUUCAGCAAAACAGAAUGGGAGCAGAAAAGGAUGGACAAAGCUAUUGGGUACUCCUUUGCAAUCGUGGGCAUCAACAUCACUGACCUGGCGUAUAAUCUACUGGUGAGCGGAGCUCUAAAAACUCACUUUUAUAACGUUGCGCCGGAAGCACCAACUUUGUCGCACUUCCAGCAAACAUUCUGCUAUUUGAUGCACGAGUUUCAUAAGUUUUGGAUUGAAGAAGACCCCAUGGACAUAAUGGAAUUUAAUCGUGUGAGGGAGAAAUUCCGCAAGAGGAUCGUAAAACAGCUGCAGAACCCAGAGAUGGCACUGUGCCCACACUUUGCUGCCUCAGAAGGUUUAAUCAACAUAUAGUUGCCCACGCUGAUUUUAAUGGAUACCCCAGAACACUGCCUCAUUUUUGUGUUAGAUCUCUGCUUUGGCCCAGCUCACACACCGAAUGCACAUGGUGAUUGUAUGCAUGCCUUUUGGUACAGUGUUUUCAUCUCCUGGUCAUAAUUACCAGAUCCUCAGAUCUGUCACCCAGUGACUGCUCACAUUGUGGCAUUAUGCGGUGUUACAUCCUGCCUUAACACCAGGUAUGGAGAGAGUUUUCUAUUUUUUUUUUUUUUUAGGUUGUUUUCCUCCCUCUCCUAAUUCUGCAUUGAAGAACUGUAUUUCUCUAGCUGUAUUUUGUAUGUAAGAGAGUUAGUUGAAUCUUGUUCUGUGGAAGUCUUUUAACUUAUUGAUAUGUUUCAUGACUACUGCUGCUAGCUUUUCAAGCCAGACUCAUGCUUGGGGCUCAUUCCAAUAAAGUAUAAGACUUUAAAAUAGUACAGACAGACACAUGAUAAGCCAAACCAUUCCUGCAAACAUAGUUGUGCUUCACAAAAAUGUAACAAGGCUUAUAAGAAGCAAAUUUAGAUAGGUGUUGUUUUUGUUUGAAGUACUGCACAAUUAUAUUGUAACUUACCCCCAAGUCUGUUAUAGUUAUUUGGAUAUCCAAUUAUUUUAUUUCCAUAAUUUCACUGGAUUAGAUGCCUAAAUAUGUUUAUGAUGCUUAGAGCCUCAGAAAAGGAGUAUAUAUACAUACAUCACAAGCUGCAAAAGGGUUUUCACUGCCCGCCUCUUGCUGAACUCAGAGUUAUACCCUGGCACUGUUCUGAUCCAAACAUCUUUGCUUGGGGAACUGAAUAUGCUGACUGGUUCGCUUUCUCUGUCAAGAGGCAAUAUUAAAAAACAAUUUACAGAAAAAUGCGUUGCAAAAGAGGAACCUCAGCUAUGUCAUUCUGCAAUAGUUCUUGAAAAUAAUGGCCUUGUCUUGUGUCAGUAGAAGUAAAUUGCAUGGAGGGGGGAAAAGAUCUAAUCAUUCCAAAACUGCUAAAAAUCAUUUUAAAAGCCAUGACUUAGUUUGGAAUUAUGAUUGUAGUCUGUUGAAUAAUAUUUACCGUGGCAUUUCAUACCCAUGGUAUUUUAUACCUUCUACCAGUUUUAGUAUUAUUAGACAUUUGUGUAAUCACUUGCUUAUUUAAAUGAAUUUUGAGUACUGCCUGUCAGUUAUAUGAAUAAAUGACAUGUCACUGUAUUGUAACAUA